GCCUGGGGCCCCCAGCACAACGAAGACGCAGAGCUCUCGGAACGGGUCCAGAGCAGGACCGCUAAUAGGAUCAGAGGGCUGGAGCAGCUCUCCUAUGAAGAAGGGCUGAGGGAACCGGGCUUGUUUAGCUUGGAGAAGAGAAGGCUCCGGGGGAAACCUCACUGUGGCCUUCCAAUACUCGAAGGGAGUGUAUAAACAGGAGGGGGAAUGUCUGUCUGCAAGUCUCCUAGCGAUAGGAGAAGGGCGAACGGGAAGGCUUGGGUUGGAUGUGAGGGGGAAGCCUUUCACUCUGACGGUGGUGAGGCACUGGAACAGGCUGCCCAAGGAGGCUGUGGAUGCCCCAUCCCUGCAGGCAUUCAAGGCCAGGCUGGACGUGGCUCUGGGCAGCCUGGGCUGCUGGUUGGCGACCUGCACACAGCAGGGGGUUGAAACGAGAUGGUCAUUGUGGUCCUUUUCAACCCAGCCUGUUCUGUGAUUCUAUGAUCUGGUCCUGGCCUGUCUGGGCCGGACUGGGCGAAGAGGAAUUGCCUGGUGCCACGGAUGCGCUCUAGAACAGAGUGAACGGCAACAACACGUGCACUUCAUUUAGAUGUAUUUUUGGAACAAGCUAAAGGAGAGGGCAACCAAAUCAUCAAGCUGGUGGCUGCGCCUUCCCAGGCGGAAGGGCCUUUCAGUGCAUUUCCCCGCUGGGAUUCUCUCCCUUGCAGGUGACGCUGAUCAAGCCCCAGGAGCCCCGGGCGGCACGGGGCUGGCACUGAGAGCUCGGUCCAUCUGCAGGGGUCGGCAGCGUGCGCUCCAGCUUUUUCCGGGCUGGGGUGCGCGGCCGAAAAGGCGUGGAGGGCGCGGCUCCGGGCCGGCCGGGAGACGUCCCAGCACCGAUGACGUCCCCGGAGCCCGCGUGCCGUCACAAUGCCGACGCCGGGCCCUCCCCGAGGGCAGCUGGCCGCCGGCUCCAGGCGCCCCAUUCGUGAGCUGCGCUGCCCGCAGCCGCUCGCCGUGCCCCGUGCCCGAGAGCAGCCCCAGCAGCAGACUAGCUCAGCCUCGUCGCGCUCGUCCUCCAAGGCUCACAGAGGUUUGGAGGCACGCGCCUGCCAGCAUGGACGGAGCCUGGGUGGGGACGUGGAGACCGCAUCGCCCGCGCGGCCUCAUCUCGGCCCAGUUCCCCAGCCCCGGGCCCCAGUACUCCAUCCCGGGGACAACAGGUUUCGUGGGCCACAGCCCCACCAAAGCCCGUGCCCCCGCGUACACGUUUCGCGGGACCAAGCCGCCUGCGGCCGACGGGACCAAGCCGCCUGCGGCCGAGAGCUGCGGGCCAGGUCCCUGCUACUUUGUGCAGCCCGCCAUCACCAGGAACGGGAAGCAAGUGGCUCCGAGCGCCCACAUUUGUGGACGCCCCACGACGAAGACCACCGUCACCCCCGGACCCAGUGACUACCGCACCGAGGCAGCCAACAGGCACAUCUUCAAGUGCCCACCGGUGCAGUCCAUGGCCUUCCGGCGGGAGCCCCUGCGCACAGACCGCCCUCCAGGUCCGGGCACCUACAACCUGCCCAAGCUGAUGGGCCCCAAUACAGCCUACACGGCGGCCAGCCCCUGCUACUCCAUGAGGGGAAGGAGCCAGCGCGGCCGCUUUGACGAAGACCUUGCCAAGACUCCGGGUCCCGCGGCGUUUCCCAAGGUAGCUGUGGACGCCUACAAGACCAGGGCGCCCGCGUACACCAUGGCGGCCCGACCAAAGCCUGCAGAGGGCAAAGCAGUGAAGCCCGGGCCCGCAGACUACAACAUAGGCCGGGUGACGCUGAUCAAGCCCCGGGCGCCUGCAUCCACUUUUGGAAUCCGGCAUUCCCUCUACACAACCCCUCUGAUUGUGUAAUAAAACAGCCACGUCUGGAAGGCCGCCUCUGCUUUCCUGGCAUGGCAGGGGACGGGAAGACACCAAUCAACUGCCGGUUUCCACUUGAUUCCAUUUCCAUCUAUGGACUUGAUGCCAUUUCCAUCUAUGGAGUUGAUGCCAUUUCCAUCUAUCGACUUGAUGCCAUUUCCAUCUAUCGACUUGAUGCCAUUUCCAUCUAUGAAGUUGAUGCCAUUUCCAUCUAUCGACUUGAUGCCAUUUCCAUCUAUGGAGUUGAUGCCAUUUCCAUCUAUGGACUUGGGCUUUUGCCCAUUUUACUUGAACAACUGUUAGCAAUUGGAGUAAGUCAUCAAUAAAACCAACCCAACACCAACAUGUGUGCUUUCUUGUUACUCCUUUUUCCUCCCCGCUGCACACAGGAAUGCGCCAGCGCUUCCCGAAGCCUUUCA